AGAAAAUGGAGGUUUCAAAAUUUGAAAUUGUCUAAAAGUUAGAAAGGUGUUUGUAAGAUAUCGCCACAAUUGUGACGACCCGUCAUUUUAUGAACGGUCCGCUGACGGUCUUGUGACCAUGACAUGACGGUCAAAAAAUGACCUGACGGUCAACCUCAUAUCACUACCUACAAUGAACGUGCAAUGUUGAAUUCUGUAAAAUCAGACUCUGUAGGAUCGACUCCGACCCAUUUUCAUUACUUAACUUUUGUUGGUACCACGGUACUAAUUCACUUUUAACUGUUGCCCAACUCUAAAUUAUUGUGGUGUACACGUGACAACUGACAUAUUGCAGGCUAAUUUUGUUAGUCAACAAUUGCUUUUUUUUAAAUUAAAAUUUUCAAUCACUGAUUAAAUGAUGGAAUAAACAAAUUUAAAUAAACAAUAAGAAGUAGUUUAGUGUAAUUACAAAAUGAAAAUGAAUAAACCUCAGCAAAAUGCUAAUCAAACAUUAAAAUACAUUAGUUUGAUAACUUUAACCCUACAAAAUGCAUUGGUGGGUCUCAGUAUGCGUUACGCUCGUAUAAGACCCGGAGAUAUGUUUCUGUCGUCUACUGCUGUUGUAAUGGCAGAAGUUGUUAAAUGUAUCACCUGUCUUGUCUUAGUGUACCUCGAGGAGGGUAGUUUUUCAAAAUUUUUAAAUUCUUUGCAUACAACAAUUGUUAAACAACCACUAGAUACCUUAAAAGUUUGUGUUCCUUCGGUUGUUUAUUUAAUACAAAACAAUUUGUUGUAUGUAUCAGCAUCUAAUUUGGAUGCUGCUACUUAUCAGGUAACGUAUCAAUUAAAAAUAUUAACGACAGCAUUUUUUGCUGUAGUAAUUUUACGACGUUCAUUAUUGAAAAUCCAAUGGGGCGCAUUAAUAUUGUUAUUAAUAGGCGUAGUCCUAGUGCAAUUAGCCCAAGAUGGAACGUCACGUGUACCAUCAGGAAUCGUACAAAAUCAUUUGCUCGGAUUCGCAGCUGCACUAGGCUCGUGUUUCCUAUCAGGGUUUGCGGGAAUUUACUUUGAGAAGAUUCUCAAAGGCUCUGACAUAUCAGUAUGGAUGAGAAACGUCCAGUUGAGUUUACUGUCAGUACCUUUUGGUCUAAUGAGCUGUUACGUGACCGAUGGUGAUUUGAUAAACAAACAAGGAUUUUUCUUUGGCUACGACUCGUUUAUCUGUUAUUUAGUAUUAUUACAAGCUGGUGGUGGUCUGAUUGUCGCACUUGUUGUCAAACAUGCUGACAAUAUUCUAAAAGGCUUCGCGACUUCUUUAGCAAUAAUAUUAUCCUGUAUUGCGUCUAUUUAUCUAUUUGACUUUAAAUUAACGUUUCAAUUUACUUUGGGUGUCGUCUUUGUUAUUUGCUCGAUUUUUAUGUACAGUCACCAGCCCAAAGUUGAGAACAAAACUGCCGAUAAACACACCUUACUUGAGAAAAUAUAAUUUAUUUAUAAUUUCAUGGAGAAAUUAUUGAAAAGUUUAUGAAAGUAUAAUUGUUGUUAAUUAAAUACAAAAGAGAAUAAAUAAUAAAAUAUCAAUCGCCGAAUAUUUAUAAGUAUUGUAAUAAAUAUUUCUAUUGUUUAUAUCAAUAGGGUUUAAAGUCGAGAUUGUGAGUAUUUUUGUACAAAUAAAUAAUAAGUAUUCAAGUUUUAAACAAAAGAAAAAUGAAGAAAAUAACAAUUGAGAUAAUGAAUUAUGAUAUAGAGGGAUAUUAGUUUAUUUUUAGAAUUAUUUAAAUGUAUGAUCAAAAUAUACGAUGGCAUUUAUUUAUAUUAUUGAGAUAUUGUACUUUA